UUCGACAAACUAAAAGGACCUGUACAAAAUAUAUCACACGGGAGCUGUCUGUCAAAAAUGUUAAUGGCAAUCGCCCAAACACCACCCCUUCCAAUCCUCUCCUCAACUUCCGAUUCCAAGAACAGUUCAUUCCACCAACAACGUUCCCAUCUUCUUCUUAAACACUUGAAUGAAUGCAAGAACAUGUCCCAACUCAAGCAAAUUUACGCUCAAACUUUACGUUCCACAUUGCCUAAUCAUCCCCACACACUUUUCCUCUACACUAGGAUUCUCCAUUUCUGUUCACUCAACGACCUUGACUAUGCUUACCGAGUAUUUGACAAAAUUAACGUCCCCAAUUCAUUCGUGUGGAACACUCUCAUCAGAGGCUGUGCACAAAGCGCUGGUAGAAAAGAAGAAUCUUUUUUGCUUUAUAAAAGAAUGGUUGAGCAAGGAGAUGCUUUACCUGACAACCACACUUACCCAUUUGUUUUAAAGGCCUGUGCUUACUUGUUUGCUUUGAAUGAAGGGAAACAAAUACAUGCCCAGAUUAUAAAACAUGGGCUUGGCUUGGAUGUUUAUAUUAAUAACAGUUUGAUUCAUUUUUAUGGUUCUUGUGGCUGUUUGGAGUCUGCACGGGACGUGUUUGAUAAAAUGCCUGAAAGAAGUUUGGUUUCUUGGAAUGUGAUGAUUGAUGCGGUUGUUCAGUUUGGUGAGUUUGAAAAUGCGUUGAAACUGUUUGUUCAGUUGCAGGAUGCAUUUGAGCCUGAUGGGUAUACAAUGCAAAGCAUCUUAAAUGCUUGUGCUGGUUUAUGUGCUUUGUCUUUGGGGAUGUGGGUUCAUGCUUAUUUGUUGAGAAAGUUAGAUUUUGAUGUAACUAUGAGUGUUUUGGUCUAUAAUUGUUUAUUGGAUAUGUAUUGCAAAUGUGGAUCGUUAGAUAUUGCUUUAAAGGUUUUCGAAAGGAUGCAUAAGCGUGAUUUAGCGUCGUGGAAUUCUAUGAUUCUUGGAUUUGCAAUGCACGGGAAAGCCGAAUUAGCAUUGGAAUAUUUUGACAAAAUGGUUAAUACAUGGAAGAUUGCUCCAAAUUCUAUCACUUUCGUCGGUGUUCUGAGUGCUUGUAAUUACAGGUAUAUGGCUGAUGAGGGUCGAAAGUAUUUUGAUAUGAUGGUUGCUGAGUACAAAAUUGAGCCUCAAUUAGAGCACUAUGGAUGCCUAGUUGAUGUUCUCGCGCGAACUGGUUUGAUUGAGGAAGCUUUGGAUUUGGUGUCACGCAUGCCAAUGAAACCUGAUGUUGUUAUAUGGAGGAGUCUUCUUGAUUCUUGUAGCAAGAAAAAUGCAAGUGUGGAACAAAGUGAAGAAAUGGCUUGGCAAGUGCUGGAGUCCAACGGGGGCGACUCUAGUGGUGUUUAUGUGCUUCUAUCCAGAGUUUAUGCAUCAGCCAGCAGAUGGAAUGAUGUUGGUUUGCUCCGAAAAUUGAUGACGGAUAGAGGGAUAACCAAAGAACCUGGCUGUAGUUUGAUAGAAAUAGAUGGUGUUGCCCAUGAAUUUUUCGCUGGAGAUACUUGUCAUCCUCAAACUAAAGAGAUAUAUAAGUUUUUGGAUGUGAUUGAAGAAAAGUUGAAGUUAGCCGGGUAUACACCUGACUAUUCGCAAGCACCUUUGGUUGACGAGCUGUAUGAUGGUAUAAAUUUGAAGGUACAUAGCGAAAGACUUGCUAUUGCUUUGGGGCUCAUAAGCUUGAAACCAGGAAUGCCAAUACGAAUAUUCAAGAAUCUUCAGGUUUGCAGUGAUUGCCACAAGGUUGCUAAAUUCAUCUCUAAAAUCUUCAAUGUGGAGAUUGUUAUGAGAGAUCGUGUUCGAUUUCAUCACUUUAAAAAUGGCUCUUGUUCAUGCAUGGAUAACUGGUGAUGAUUGCCAUAUAAAUUCAUUGUCUCUCUUCUUAGUUAACACAGC